AUGGUGUGGCGAAGGCGCGGGAUUGCAAACGUACUGUACAUUGGCGAUGUGUUCAACACGCAGCUCAGCCAAUCGCAGUCGGGGGCGGUGGCCCUCCUCAAUGGCGGCGUCUACUCGACCAAAUCGUACGCGCUUCUUCUGGACAUUAUUUCGCUGGUGUCGGCGGUGGCGUCGUUGGGGCUGAGUUCCCUCGACAAACGUUUGCCCAUGGGGUCGGCCUACUGCUGGCUAAACACAAACCGAACGUUCGCCAUGGCACUCACGUUCAAGCUCCAACGCCGGUGCGGUGCGACGAAAAAAUACAACGCAGCGCUGUACUUUGCGCAACUGCCCGGCAAACAAUCUGGACACGGCGGGGCAGAGCCAGGCGAUCAACGCGACGAUUCUGAUCUCGUUGCGGUUGUGCACCUCUUGAACGACGUGUUCUCGGGGUGGACCCAGGAACUCACGGCGCAGUACGCGUACAAGUCGAGUGUGCUCACGUGGUUCGUCUUGGCCAUCUGGAGCGUACUCGUGCCCGUCCAACAUGCGGCGCAUAUUCAUCGCGAGUGUUCGAUCGACGCCGUGGACACGGCCCUGACGUGCCGCAACGGGCGUGGGGGUGUUGCGUCGUGUGCUUUGCCGUCGACUGCGUCCCGGUUCGAGAUGGGCAACUCAAACGACAACGAAACCAAUUUUCCCCACUGCUCCACGCCACCGCCCAGCACGAGUUUGACCAUCUACUACGUGGACCGGGCGUCGUCAGUACUGAAUGGGCUGUUGGCCAUCCGCACCCACCGCAACACUCUCGUGGUGCUCGACAUCAAGACGUGGCGGGUGUUUGUCAUCCACCUCCAACACGGCAACGAUGCAAACGUUCACUUACCGCGAACUUGGAGCUGCGCCAUUCCGUUAGUCGACAACAGGGGAAACGGGGGGGGUCAUUAUGUGCGGCGCUAA